AUGAGUUCCGAGCGCGAGGCGAGUAUCACUCUGAAGAACGAGUCGGAUCGUUAUUUCAUGCUUCGCGUCAUGUACAUGUUCCCAGGACAGGAGAAGUUGACGUCCAAAUGGGUCAUGCUGAGACCGCAUGAAGAGCAAAAAGUGUUUGAGGAGAUUGUCUACUAUACUGGCGCACUGACAAAAGACGAGUUCUGCGAGUUCAAGCUCCAAGGGAUCAAGUACAAGGAGGUUCGCGGUGAGUUUGAUUUUCACCGUUUUGCCUCAAACUUUCUCAUUUUCUUCCAGACGUUGAGCCUCUUUCGUUCGUGUACGAUGGAAAGCAUCUGAUUUUGGACGACAUUCACUUUAUGAAUAACAAUGCGUGGAUCCGUCACGACCUGGCCGAUAAUGACAAUGGAAUGGCGGUCACUGUGUGCGCCGGUUUACCGAAUGCGAGAAUUGUGAGCGCAUCGUCGUCGACUACUCACGUAUUCACGAUUGCGAGCUGGCAGGGAUAA